AUGAUGAAACAACCAGAGGAAAAUAUUUCAACAACAAAUUCUGAUUUUAUGACAUGUAAUGGUCAUCAAGAUGAAUUAAUAAAAACUCGUCAAGAUUCUGAUAAUGAUGAUGCAGCAACAAAUACAAGUUCAACAUCAUCAAUUAAUGAUGUUUCAUUUAAUAAUUGUCCUAAUGUAUCAUCAUCAUCAUCAUCAAAUUUAAAUGCAAGUGGAAUAACAACAACAAAUCCAAAUAAUUCAAAUGAACUUGUUCUUUUACCUGAAGUUUCAUUUAAUAUACGAAUACAAUCACCUGGUUUAGAUAUAUUUGAUUUAUCAGUAACAUCAAGUGAACUUGUACAAGAAAUUCAUCAAGUUUUAAUGGAUAAAGAAGAAACAUGUCAUCGUACUUGUUUUUCAUUACAACUUGAUGGAAUUAUUUUAGAUAAUUUUUCUGAAUUAAAAAAUAUUGAUGGUUUAAAAGAAGGAAGUCUAAUAAAAGUUGUUGAAGAACAAUAUACUGUACGUGAAGUACGUAUUCAUAUACGACAUAUAAAUGAUUUAAUACAUGCAUGUGAUUUAAAUGAUUUAUAUAAUGGUACAAAUAAUUAUUCAUUAUGUCUUGUGAAUGAUAUUAAUAAUAGUGAAACAUCUUCAUCAUCAUCAUCAUCGAAUACUGAUCGAAGAAAAAGUGCUGAAACUAGUGGAAGUGAUUCUAUUGUACCAGAAUAUCUUUUACCUAAUCAAAAAGAUAUUCUACUUACACCACUUUUUACAACAAAUAAUAAAAUUAAUCGAUUACAUUGUUUAAAAAUAUUGUCCUAUAGUGGUUGGAAUCCACCAAAUGGUUCAAGAAAAUUACAUGGUGAUCUUAUGUAUUUAAAAGUAACAACAUGUGAAGAAAAAACAUUUCAUAUAACAGCAUGUACAAAAGGUUUUUAUGUUAGUCAAACAACAGAUGAAAAAUUUCUUCCAAAACCGGUGCAACCUAAAGCGAUAUUUCAUUCACUUGUUGAUCUAUUAAAUAAUAUUAGUCCAAUUUUUAAAAAGAAAUUUCGUGCUAUACAACGUAAACGUUGUACAAAACAUCCAUUUGAACGUAUACAAAUUCCAUUUCAAAUACAUCCAUGGUUAUCACCACGUUUUGAACAUACAAUAGAUCAUUUUCGAGCUGAAGAUGCAAAUAUAAAUAAACUUGGUCAUGAAGAUCAUAUACCUGGUCAAGUACGUGAUUGGAAUGAAGAAUUACAAAUAACAAAAGAAUUACCAAAGAAAAAUUUACCUGAAAGACUUAUACGUGAACGUGCAAUGUUCAAAGUUCAUACUGAUUUUGUUUCAGCUGCUAUUCGUGGUUGUCAAGCUGUUGUUGAUGGUAAUAUAAUGGCUAUUAAUCCUGGUGAAGAAUCAAAAGUUCAUAUGUAUAUAUGGAAUAAUAUGUUCUUCAGUCUUGGUUUUGAUGUAAAAGAACAUUAUAAAGAUUUUGGUGGUGAUGCUGCUGCUCACUCAGCACCAACAAAUGAUUUACAAGGUGUUCGUGCUAUAAAUACACUCGAUUUAGAUGGUUUACAUACAUUAGGUACUGUUGUUGUUGAUUAUCGUGGCAUGCGUGUUACUGCCCAAUCGAUUGUCCCCGCGAGAAAUAACAGAGAAAGAAUUAUCACACGACUAGAAGAAACGUAUAAAAUUAUGUUAAUACAUCAUCAUCGACAACGAUGGUUAUUUAUUAUUUUGAUAUUUGGAUUUUUUUUAUUAAUAUAUAAAUAUAAUCAAAUAAGAAAAUAUUAUUUUACUGAUGAACAUCGUAUAUAUACUUCAUUACUUAUUGAAUUACCAAAUAUUGAACGUUUAAUACGUUUAAAACAAGCAAAUUUAACAAUAAUACAAAAUCGUUUAAAAAAAAUUGAAAAAUAUUUAACUAAAUAUACAUGGCAUUUAAAUCGUUUAAUUAAAACAAUUGAUUAUAAUAAAAAAGAAGAAAAAAAAAUAUUUCAUUUUAAUUCAUUUGAUUUUGAUUUAGAAAAAAAUAUUCAUAAAAAUUAUACAAAAUUUCUUGUUUGUUUUCAUUUAAUUAAAAGUUCAAAUGAUGAUAUUGAUUAUCAAAUAUUAAAUGAAUUUCAUUUAAAAAUUUCUAAAAUUAAUAGUCCUUAUAUAACAUUAAAUAAAAGUGAAGCUUAUUUAAAUAUUAUUUAUUUACCAAUACAAUCAUAUCAACGAAAUAUUUGUUAUAAAGAUUUAAUUAAUGAAAAUUAUUUUGUUUUAUAUGAAUUUUUAAAUCCUAUUAAUGAAGAUAUUGAUGAAAAAUGUUUUCAUGGAAAUUUUCUUCAUGUAAAAUUUUUUACUCAAUUUAAUACAAAUCAAACAUAUGUUAAUAAUGAUCGUUGGCGUUUGAAUGAUGAAGAAAAAUCACCUAUUGGUAUUAUUUAUUUAAAUACAACUGCUAUUAUUGCUGCACAUGAAUAUGAUCGAUUAAAAAAUGCUUAUGAAAUAACAAUUGAAUGUUCUCAUCGAUCUUGUUAUCAAACAAUUUUGAAUAAAAAUAUAUCUAUUAUAUCUCUUAUUUGUUCUUCUAUAUAUUCUAUUUCAAUUCAAUAUGAAUUCUAUGAUGCGUUUUUUUAUUUUCUUUCACAACAAAUUCAUAUAAAUCUUUUCAAUUGUGAAAAUUAUCUUCCAUAUUCAAAUAUAAUUGAUUGGUUACAUCCAUCAAUAUCUCUAUCAUGGUUAUAUACAAUUUAUUUUCAAACAUUUCAACAUCGUUUUCAUACAUUAAUUGCUUAUUUACGUACAUAUUAUCGUUUACCAACAUUAUCAAAUGAAUUAAAAUUUCAUGAAAUAAAAAAUCAAUUAGUAAAAGAAAAAAAUUUUUAUUAUUUAAUUCAUUCACGAAAUAUUAAUUUUACUCGAAUGUCAAUUGGUUUAAUGGAUAAAAUUAAUUUUCAAACAAAUAAAAAAUAUUCAAUACAUAUAGAACCAACAUUUUAUGAUCAAUGGAAUCGUUUAUAUCAACCAUUUUAUCGUUCAAAAACACAAACAAAUCCAUUUGAAAUAUCAUUUUCACAUAAUAAAUAUACAAUUAUUAUUUUAACACAUAAAAAACGUUUUUAUCAAUUAAAUCGUUUAUUAUUACAUUUAAAUGGUUUAAUUAAUCUUGAUCGUAUACUUGUUUUAUUUAAUCAAGUUGAUUCGAUAGAAAAUUUUCAUAAUAAAAAUUUUUCAUUAAAUAAUUUUCUUGAUAAUUAUUCUAUAUAUUUACCAUCAAUACAUGUUGAUAUUAUUUAUAUAUUUAAUUUAACAAAUAAUUUAAAUAAUCGUUUUUUACCAUGGAAUGAAUUUAUUCAUACUGAUUGUAUAUUAUCAUUAGAUGAUGAUAGUUUUUUACGACAUGAUGAAAUUGAAUAUGCAUUUCAUAUAUGGAAAGAAUAUCCUUCACGUCUUAUUGGUUUUAUUUCACGUUCACAUAAAUCUAAUACAUUAGAAUAUGAUGCAUCAUCAUUAUUAUGUUCAUAUUCAAUGAUAUUAACUGGUGCAGCUUUUUUACAUCGUUGGUAUUUAGAUUUUUAUACAAAUAUUAUGUCUGAACAAAUACGUCAAUAUAUUAAAUUACAUAUGAAUUGUGAAGAUAUAGCUAUGAAUUUUUUAAUAAGUUAUUUAACAAAACAAACACCUAUUAAAAUUGGACAUCGUGAAACAUUUUAUUGUUAUAAAUGUCAAGAUAGUUUAUCAAGUAAAAUUAAUCAUUAUCAACAACGAACGGAAUGUAUUCUUGAGAAAGAACAAGAACAAAGUGUUGUUUAUGGAUCAACAGAUUUUGGUAAAACUUGUACAACAAAUGAAAAAUAUAAAGAAUUAUUGGAAAAAGUUUCAACUAUGCUUAAAAUUAAACCACAUACAAUUAAAACAGAAAAAGGAGAUUCUAUAGAAUUAUUAACAGCUGUCGAAUGUAAAGGUAUUAUUGGUAAUGAUGGAAGACAUUAUUUAUUAGAUUUAUUACGUAUGACACCACCUGAUCUUAAUUAUUUACCAGUUGAUGUUGAACAUUUAUCACCAUCUAUGAAACAAUUUGAUUAUCCAAAAACAUAUAAACAUCGUUUAUGUUGUUUAAGACAAGAAUUAAUAGAUGCUUUUGUUGAACAAAAAUAUGUCGAUUUUUAUCGUUCAAUUGCACUUAAUUUAUCAAGAUUACGAUCUAAUGAAUCAAUAUCAAACGAAACUACUGAACGAACAAAUGUCGAAGAAGCUAAACGUAUUGUUAAUGAAAUUAGUGUUGAAGAUAAUAGUCGAGAAAUAAUUCAAUCAGCAUGUCGUUCGAUUGGUUCAGUAAAAGAUAAUGAAUUUGAUGUUCGUUUUAAUCCUGAUUUAUUUCAACCACAUGUAACACUUAAUCAAACGUCCGAUGAAACAAUAGCUGAUAUAAAAUUACUUAAAGAAGCAGCUGAAUAUUUAGUAUUAAAACAAAUUCCAUUAAUGAUACAAGAUUUUCAAGAUCAUUCAUCUGUACCUGUCGAUGGUGAAAGUCUUUCAGAAGCUAUGCAUUCAAGGGGUAUUAAUAUUCGUUAUCUUGGUCGUAUAGCUCAACUUCUUACUCAACAAUCUUCUCUUACAUAUAUAUAUGAAAUAGUUGUAACUGAAAUUCUUUGUCGAAGUACAAAACAUGUAUUUCGUACAUAUUUACAAUCAGUACCAAUUCAUCUUUUAUCAUAUUCAAUAAGUCAUUUUCUUAAUUGUUUUCUAACAAUUAUAUCAUUACCAACAACAGAUUAUACAUUUGAUGAAUUAGCAUCAGCAACAACUAUUCAAUCAACAAAUACUACAUCAAAUGUAUUAUUAACAAAUUCAACAAAUAUUUCAUCUCAAAAAUCUAAUGCUAAAAAGAAAAAUAAAAAACAACAACAACAACAACGUAAACAUAGUCCUAUGAUGAGAAAUGAAUCAUUAGAGUUUUCAUCAAUAACUUCAAAAGUACUUUGGUCCCAAAUAAUUAAUGAAGCAAAAUCAAGAUAUAGUUUUGAUUUAAAUUGUGAUGAUAUUGAAUCAUUUGUUGAAAAUUAUGCUGUUCGUCGUACAUGUAUUUUACGUUCAUUUUGUCGAAAAACUGGUUUACAAAUAACUAUGCGUGAAUAUCAAUUUGAAACAAUAAAUAAAUCAAUUCGUUCAAAUAAUGAAUGUUUUAAUGAAAAUGAUAUUAUUAAUAUAUUUCCAAUAAUAAAACAUGUUCCACCAAAACCAAGUGAUGCUUAUCAAUUUUUUACAAGUGGACAACAAAAAAUUCAACAAGGUUUACUUCGUGAAGGUUUUGAAUUAAUAUCUGAAGCACAUAAUUUAUUAAAUAAUGUUUAUGGACCAAUGCAUCCUGAAAUUAGUAUGUGUUUAAGAUUACUUGCACGAUUAAAUUAUAUUAUGGGAGAUUAUCAAGAAGCACUUAUGACACAACAUAAAGCUGUUAUGAUGUCUGAACGAGUUUUAGGUAUUGAUCAUCCACAAACAGCAACAGAAUAUAUUCAUAUGGCAUUAUAUUCAUUUGCAAAUGGUCUUUCAAUAAAUGCAUCAAAAUUACUUUGUCGUGCUCGAUAUAUUAUAUUAACAUGUUGUGGUGAAAAUCAUCCACAAAUUAGUCUUAUUGAUAGUAAUCUUGGAUUGAUUUUACAAUCAUAUGGUGAUUAUGAAAAUGCACUUAAAUUUAUGGAAAAAUCACUUGAAUUAAAUAAAACUUUCUAUGGAACAAAGAGUCUUAAAGUAGCUUUAUCUCAUCAUCUUUGUGCACGUAUUCAAUCAUGUCGUGGAGAUUUUCGAUCAGCAUUGAACAGUGAACGUGAAGCUUAUCAAAUAUAUAAAUUACAACUUGGUGAUGAACAUGAAAGAACACGUGAAAGUGCUCAAGUACUUAAACAUUUAACUGAACAAGCCGUUGUUUUACAAAAACGAAUCAAUGAUGUUGUUAAAGGUCAAUUACUUGUCAUACCAAGUUUAACAAUUCAACAGCCAAGUUUUCAAAAUGUCUUAGAAAUGCUUAAUGUUGUUAAUGGUAUUCUAUUUAUUCAAAUACGAGAAAAAGAUCUUGAUUUACUUCGUGAAGAAUUUGCUAAACAAUCAAUUGAUGAUCAACAAGCAUCAACAUCUUCUGUGACUACUAUAUCAGAAGUAGCUAAUCAAGCAGCAGCAUUAUUAAAUAAUGAAAUCGAUUAA